AUGGCGGAGAAAGCCAACCAGACUUACUCUUCAGGACCAGCAAAUACAGGUUACACAAGAAGCGAUGGAGAGUCUCAGCUGUCCUCUCAUGAGCUGAAGCGCAAGAAGAGAAUCAAAUUGGCUAUAUAUAUUGCUAUUUUUGUUGUGUUUCAGAUCAUAGUUAUCACCAUAAUGAGUCUCACUGUGUUGAAAGUAAAGACCCCAAAGUUCAGGCUAGGCCAAAUCGGCGUCCAAACCUUUGAAUCUGACAAUGAAACGUCUGUGAAAUUCAACACCGAAAUCAGCAUAAAGAACUCAGCCAACUGGGGUUCCUACAAGUUCGAAGCUUCCAAUGUCACGUUUGAACACCAAGGCAAGACUGUGGGAGUAAUUGAUAUCGAAAAGGGAAAGGUUGGAUGGCUUUCGACCAUAAAAAGAAGUGUGGAGGUGAGUUUGAAUUCAAGUGCAAUAACUGGUUCAAAUCUUGGAAGCGAAGUGACGCUCAAUUGCGUUGGUAGAUUGAACGGAAAAGUUGCAAUUAUGUUCAUAAUGAAGAAGAAGAAGGCUACCAACGUGAACUGCACCAUAGCUUAUGAUGUGAAAAACACCUCCGUCAACUCUGUACACUGCAAGUGA